AGUUGUUUUCAGUCCGCCCGCAGUUGUCGCUUUAGCAGGGGUUACUUGGUCUGAGUGCGGUGUCUGGCUUGUUUCUCUCGGAUUUACUGACGUCGUUGUUGCAGACUGCCACGACGGCAAUCAUUCACUAACGAACAGCAAAACUAUUUAAUUAACCUUAACAAUUAUAUACAAGAAAAAAGCACCGGCAACCGUCAGGCUUUUUAAAUUCUCUUCUGUGAUACCAGCUCUAAAAGAAAGCUCUCCUUCUUUUCAUAUUGUUGUCCUGGCUGCUGUACCGAAAGGCGUAGAAAAUAAGUACACCGAGACAGACUGACAUCACACACACAUAUAGAGAGCGUUUGUUGAAGGCGAAAAUCACUACCGGGAAAAUCAACACACCCACCCACACAACGAAGGAGCACAAUUAUCACCGCAAUGGCGAGUGUUACCGAUCUUUUGAUGGCUCUCGGCAGCCCUGAUCCGUCGGUGCGUGUGCCCGCGGAAACCGCCGUCAACAACGCCAAGGACACCGAUCUCGCCACCUUCAUGACAACGAUGCUGCAGGAGUUUCGCGAUGAGUCGAAGCCGACGUUCGCGCGCAACAUGGCCGGAACCCUGCUGAAGAACGCCGUGGCGCCCACCUUUCGCGAGGUCGCUGCCCGUCGUGCCCUGGAGGAGCGCUGGCGUUCCCUCCCAGCCGAGGUGCGGCAGCAGAUCAAGAAUGAGGUGCUCGGCACCCUUGGCAGCCCCAGCCGCGAGGUGCGCACCGUCGCGUCAAACAUCAUCGGUAGUCUCGCCCGUAUUGAACUUCCCUCGGGUGAGUGGCCGCAGCUGCUUCGCAUUCUCGUGGAGGCGGCCAACUCGCCGGCAGAACAGCAUCAGGAAGCCGCGCUGACCGCUAUCGGAUACAUCUGCGAGGAGGGCAAGGAUCACGAGGAGGUGGAGCAGGCCCUCAAGCCCAGCACGACGGAGAUCUUGUCUGCCAUCUUGAAGUGCAUGCAGAGCGCGAACGAGGACGUCAAAUUCAGUGCCACGAAUGCGCUGUGCAACGCCAUGGAAUACAUUCACGAUAACAUGGACGUGCAGGAGCAGCGAUCCUUCCUGGUGACCGCCCUGUGCGCCACGGCGAAGUCGUCGUCCUCGGCGCGCACCCGCGAGCGUGCGAUGGAGAGCCUGGUCAAGGUAGCCGAGAUCUACUACACUACACUACCCGAGUACAUCAGUCAGCUGCACGAGAUCACCACCAACGCCAUCUUCCACGAUGAGGAGUCGGUCGGGCUGCAGGCGAUUCAGUUCUGGAUCUCCAUUUGCGAGGUGGAGCGCGACAUGAAAGAGGACGGCGACGUCAGCCGGUCGCUGAACUACAGCGCACAGGGACUCACCUUUCUUGUGGACAUUUGUAAGGAGCUGCUGGUGCGGCAGGAGGAUGGGCAGACCGAAGAUGACUGGAACCUCUCUGUGGCGGGCGGCAAGCUGCUGCAGAGUCUUGCCGAGGCCGUCGGCGCCCCGGUGCAGGCCCCGGUCAUGCAGUUCGUGUACGCGAAAAUAAAUAGCGCGUCGUGGCGCGAGCGCGAGGCGGCCGUGAUGGCCUUUGGCUGUGUCAUCGGCGUGCAGGACGAUGCCGGGCAGGUGGCAAUCCAAGACACCGUAGCGCAGGCCGUCCCGGGCCUGCUGGAGUACCUGCGCGACUCGAACGAGAUGGUAGCCGACACGAGCGCCUGGGUGCUGGCCCUCGUCUGCGAGAACUUCGUGGACGUUUUCUUGAGCACCUCUGAGCAGCUGCAGCGCCUCAUGAACGACAUCGGCCCGAUGAUUGGCGGCGACAACCCCCGCAUGGGCGUGCGUGCGUGCCACAUCGUCAACAACAUCGCUCUCGCCUACGAGGAGGAGGAGAACCAGGCCACCAACGAAAUCUCCCGCUACUACGGUGACCUCGUCGACGUGCUGCUGCACGCCAUCGACCACGGCAGCUCACCAGAGUUUAAGAGCGCCGCGCAGGAGACGCUGAACGCGUUGGUGGACGCCGCUGCUGACGACUGCCGCGAGGCGUACUUGGCGAAGUUGCCGACGCAGCUGCUGCAGCGCAUGAGCACCCAACUCACCGCCCUGCAGCAGCCGGGUGGCGAUAACAUCGAGGCGGAGACGAUGAUGGGCCUGCUCUGCGGCGCCCUCUCCGCCCUGGCGCGCAAGCUGGAUCAGGCCUUCAUGCCCUUCAUGGAUGGAUCGAUGCAGGCGUUGAUUCUGCUGCUAAACCUCCCCACCGACUACGUGCAGGAGGAGGCGUUGGUGGCGAUCGGCAGUAUCGCGUACGUGGCCAAGGAGAACAUGGCUCGGUAUCUGCCGCAGGUGGUGCCCUACGUCCUGCGCUCGCUGCAGGCCUUCGACGAACCGGACAGCAUCUACGGCGUCGUGGCCGCCGUGGGCGAUCUUAGCCUGUCCUGUCGUCAGUCCAUGCUGCCCUUCGAGACGGACAUAAUGAACACCUUGUACAACAACCUGGUCAACCCCGAGGUCGAUCGCGAGCUCAAGUGCUCCUUCCUCGGCUGCUUCAGCGACUUUGUGCUGAACGUACUGGGCGGGGAGAGGUUUGAGCCGUACAUGCCGACGCUGAUGCCGCUGGUGAAUGAGCUCUUCCAGGCCAGCUGCCAAAUUGAUCUCCGCGGCGACCCCGACAGCGAGGACUACGUGAUGUCGCUGUGGGAGAGCACCGCGUCUUUCUACUCCUCCAUCACGCAGUGCUUCAAGAACACCGCCAUCGGUUCACUGGCGCCGUACUUGGCAAACAUUCUGAACUUUGCUCUCCACGCCGCCGCCAACUCGAGCGAGUUCAAGGAUACGCAGAUGGCGGCCCUCAUGGUGAUCGGUGACAUGGCCUCGGUGCUACGCCACGCGCCGAAUCCGCAGCUGCGCCAGCAGGCGAAGUCUGCGCUGCUCACCGCUGCCGUAAGCGAUGUGUUGCAGCAAGCUACGGCGAACACCACCGACGACGACAACGCGAAGCAGAUGCGGUGGAUUCGCAACCAGCUCACCAACUUGGAGCGUUCCUGA